AUGUUCCUCGCUGCCAUCUGUACUUGCUCUGGAAUCACUGAUGAGGAGGCUGUUGGGGGAGUCCAGAGCUGGGUCAAUGACAGGAUCCAGGACGUUGGCAAGACUUUGAGAAAGAAGGGAAAGGAACUUACAAAGAUCCAGAAGCACUACAAUGCCUGGGCCAAUGAAACGGUCGGCAAGGAAAAAGAUAAGAAACUCGACAAACUCAUCAGGAUGGUUCAAAAAAAAUUGGCUGACUGGUUCUUCAAGAAUAUCCUUAAACAAUUGGUGUCAAAGAUGUUUGGAAGGCAGGUCUGGGCGCGAUCCUUGAAGACAAGAAGGUGCGAACGGCGUUGUUGGAAUACUCCAAAGACAAAGCCGGAUGGGAGAAGUUGGAGCAUGCCUUGA